AUGGAUUUGUAUAUCUGGAAGUACUGGGAUGCGGAGGAGAGAACAGGAUCGUUCAAAUGGUUGAAUUAUCCGAUUGCUGCCUCACAUCAUCUCACCAAUGCAUUACUUGCGGGCGAAAAAAGCUGCAAAGUGAGCGUUGCAGGGCGUCAGUUCCUCGUUGACUUUGUGACAAUGAGCCAACAGAAUUUGGACACACGCAUUGAGCGACCAAUUAUGAUCACUGGUCGACUGAAGAAAGGAAUCCGCUGGGACAGAGCAUUCCGCAAGAGUGACGCAUUUGAAGAAUGGGAGGAAUUUUUGCGUGAACGCCUGGUGAUUUCGACCGUUACACUCCUUCGUUUGGAGAAUAUCGAUGAAAGCACGGUCCAUGCCAUUCUCAUAUUGGUUACGCGUAUUACAAGGGAUUUCAAAAUUGCAAACACAUUCUUGGAGCAUGAAGGCAUCCAGGCAUUGAUGAAAUUGUCCGGAGUAGCGGUACCCGCUGUGGCACAGCUCGUCACCCUGAUUGUUCGCCACUGCCUGGACGAUGAGGUUGCUGUGGGGCAAAUUUUUGAGAAGGCAAUACUUCUUUUCAGAAUACCGCAAACAACUCGUGAUUGGUUGCACGCAAUUCGUGUGCUCGCCCCGCUUUGUGCUCGUGAGCCAGAAAUUUUCCUGAUCACUAUGGAGCGAGUUGCGCGGCGACAAAAAGAUGAAAUCACAGUUUUGCCGAUGGGCCCUACGGAUCCACAUUUCAGGACUUGGGCCGCUCAGUCGCCCAUUAAACAGGUUAUCGUCGUCUCGCUGGUUACAAAUUAA